AAGAAUUCAGUACUAAUUUGUACACAUCAAUGGAGAUUAAGCCAUCGUGUCAAGACAUGAUAAUCGAGGAGGAAGAAGAGAAAGACGAAGUAAAGGCGCCGCUACUGUGGAGCAAAGGCGUACCGGAAGUAGACAGAAACCCCAUCCAACAAGCCAUCAGCCAGACGUUUCAAAGCACGGCGUGCCUCGCCAACCUCCUCCCCACCGGCACGUCUCUCUGCUUCCAGCUCCUGGCGCCGAUAUUCUCCAACCAGGGCCACUGCGACGCCGCCGCCCGGGCCAUGACGGUUUCACUCCUCGGCCUCUGCGCGCUCUCCUGCUUCCUGCUGAGCUUCACGGACAGCGUCAAGGACCAGAAGGGGAGCCUCUGCUACGGCUUCGCCACUCUUAACGGCCUCUGGAUUAUCGACGGAUCGGCGACUCUGCCGCCGGAGAUGGCGGCGAGGUAUAAGCUCAAGUUUAUCGACUUCGCGCACGCGGUGAUGUCGGUGCUGGUGUUCGCGGCGGUCGCGAUGUUUAAUGAGAACGUGGUGGAGUGCUUGUGGCCGGCGCCGUCGGCGGGGAUGAAGGAGGUGCUCACGGCGCUGCCGGUUGGGAUCGGAGUUGUGUGUAGCAUGCUUUUUGUGGUUUUUCCUACGAAGCGGCAUGGCAUUGGCUUUCCACUCACUGAUUGUUAAAUCCUACGGCUCAAUAUAUAUGUUGCUGUCUCAUCGUUGUUAUUCACUAUCUUUUUUUCUUCUUCUAAUUUUAUGGAUUAAUGCAAACAUUGAUGGGUUGGUUUGUAUUGAAACGUUUGAUAAAUUAAACUAAAGAGAAAGGAAUACAAAUUAGCUUUUCUGUA